AUUUUUGCCUUUGUGCUGUAGAAUGGAUUCACUCCUCUGUACAUGGCCGCCCAGGAGAACCACAUGGAUGUGGUGCGCUACCUGCUUGAGAACGGAGGCAACCAGAGCACUGCUACUGAGGAUGGCUUCACCCCGCUGGCCAUCGCCCUCCAGCAGGGCCACAACCAGGUGGUCUCGGUCCUGCUGGAGAACGACACCAAGGGCAAGGUCCGCCUGCCGGCCUUGCACAUCGCCGCCCGCAAGGACGACACCAAGUCGGCCGCCCUGCUCCUCCAGAACGACCACAACGCCGAUGUCCAGUCGAAGAGUGGAUUCACCCCCCUGCACAUCGAUGCCACUACGGCAACGUCAACGUGGCACGCUCCUGCUGAACCGAGGCGGCGGUCGACUCACGGCCAGGGUCGACUCAACGCUAAUAUGCACUGUUAUUCUGCUCUGAAAGCGCAUU